AUGCAUGUUGGUGGAAGACUUCAGAAGUCAAGACUUUCUUACCUUCAAAGACACCCAAUUAUUAUGCCCUCAAAACAUCACUUUGUGAAUUUAUUAGUGUGGGAUGCACACAGCAAAGUGUUUCACGGUGGAAUUUCUGAAACUUUGAUAGAAAUACGCGAAAGAUACUGGAUAAUUAAAGGAAGACAAACUGUUAAAAAUAUCUUAAGAAAAUGUAUUCUGUGUAAACGAUUUAAUUCUUCUCCUGGUGUGCAAGUUACUGCUCCUUUACCAGUAAAUAGAACAGAAGAAUUACCUCCUUUUUCUGUAGUAGGUAUAGAUUUCAGUGGACCACUUUAUACCAAAGACAGUGAUGAGAAAAACUACAUCGUGUUGUUUACUUGUGGAGUAACGCGAGCUCUUCAUUUAGAGUUUGUUGGCAGCAUGACCACAGAAACAUUUCUUCUUGCUUUUCGACGAUUCAUUGCUCGUCGAGGUCUGUUGUUCUCAAGUUUUGACGGUCAAUGGCAAAACUUUCAAACGAUCAAAGCUUGA